AUGUUGGGGAAUUACUCGAGUGCUACUGAGUUUUAUCUCUUAGGAUUCCCUGGCUCCAAAGAACUACACUAUAUUCUUUUUGCUACCUUCUUCUUCUUCUACUCAGUGACAAUAAUGGGAAACAUGGUCAUCAUCAUCACCAUCUGUGUCAACAAACAUCUUCAAUCCCCCAUGUAUUUCUUCCUUGGCCACCUCUCUGUCCUGGAGAUCCUGAUCACAUCCACUGCUGUCCCUUUUAUGCUCCAAGGACUGCUACUCCUAAGGACUCAGAUAAUAUCUUUGACUGCAUGUUGUGUACAAUUAUAUUUGUACCUUUCUUUGGGAAGCUCAGAGUUGGCAUUAAUAGGAGUGAUGGCUGUGGACCGUUAUGUGGCUGUCUGUAACCCUUUGAGGUACAAUAUCAUCAUGAAUAGCCACACCUGUUUCUGGAUGGUAAUUGUGUCAUGGGUAUUUGGAUUCCUUUUUCAAAUUUGGCCAGUUUAUGCCACAUUCCAGCUUACUUUCUGUGAAUCAAAUCUGCUAGACCAUUUUUACUGUGACCGAGGACAAUUGCUCAAACUGUCCUGUGAUGAUACUCUUCUCAUGGAAUUUAUUCUUUUUCUGAUGGCUGUUUUCAUCAUCAUUGGUUCUAUGAUCCCUACUAUUAUCUCCUACACCUACAUCAUCUCCACCAUCCUCAAGAUCCCCUCGGCCUCGGGCCGGAGGAAAGCCUUCUCCACCUGUGCCUCCCACUUUACCUAUGUUGUGAUUGGCUAUGGCAGCUGCUUGUUCCUCUAUGUGAAACCCAAGCAAACGCAGGCAGCUGAGUACAACAGGGUAGCAUCACUGCUGGUUUUAGUGGUGACCCCUUUCCUGAACCCUUUCAUCUUUACCCUCCGCAAUGACAAAUUCAUACAGGCCUUUCAGCAUGGCAUCAAACGCUGUUGUCGACUUCUAAAGGAUUAG